GUCCGCCGUGCCAGUCGAAUUUUGCAAGUUGGUGUGGAAAGAAUCGUCAUCGUCGUCGUUGCGAGUUGCGGUCAUAAUUUUUUAGUGAAGGGGAAAGCAAGAAGAAAAAGCCGUUCAGUACCCAUCAGCAGGAAGUUUUUGAUCAGUUUUCUAGCCUCAAAAAAUCGAAGAAACCGUACCGAUCUAUCAGUGAAGGAUGGCCGAGGGCAAAAAUGAAGAUUUGGCGACCGCGAUUCUGAAGCGCAAGGACCGCCCGAACCGGCUGAUUGUGGACGAGGCCGUCAACGAUGACAACUCGGUCAUUUCGCUGUCGCAGGCGAAGAUGGACGAGCUGGAGUUGUUCCGUGGCGACACCGUGUUGUUGAAGGGGAAGCGGCGGAAGGAAACGGUCUGCAUCGUCCUGUCCGACGAAAACUGCCCCGAUGAGAAGAUCCGCAUGAACCGUGUGGUUCGCAACAAUCUGAGGGUCCGCUUGAGCGACGUUGUGUCGAUCCAAUCCUGCCUGAAUGUCAAGUACGGCAAACGGGUGCACAUUCUGCCGAUCGACGAUACGGUCGAAGGUUUGACCGGUAAUCUGUUCGAUGUGUAUUUGAAGCCGUACUUCCUGGAGGCUUAUCGGCCGAUCCAUAAGGACGAUACGUUCAUCGUUCGCGGAGGAAUGCGUGCCGUGGAGUUUAAGGUAGUUGGGGCUGAUCCUACUCCGUUCUGUAUCGUCGCCCCGGAAACAGUAAUCCAUUGUGAAGGCAACCCGAUCAAGCGCGAAGAAGAAGAGGAAGCGCUCAAUGCUGUCGGAUACGACGAUAUCGGAGGUUGCCGCAAGCAGCUGGCUCAGAUUAAAGAAAUGGUUGAGCUUCCGCUGAGACAUCCUUCGCUUUUCAAGGCUAUAGGAGUCAAACCUCCGCGUGGAAUCCUUAUGUACGGACCGCCCGGUACUGGAAAAACUCUCAUUGCUCGUGCCGUAGCAAAUGAGACUGGAGCGUUCUUCUUCCUGAUCAACGGUCCGGAAAUCAUGUCCAAAUUGGCCGGUGAAUCGGAAUCGAAUUUGCGAAAGGCUUUCGAAGAGGCUGAAAAGAAUUCACCUGCUAUCAUCUUCAUCGACGAAAUCGAUGCCAUUGCUCCGAAGCGUGAGAAGACUCACGGUGAAGUUGAACGUCGUAUUGUGUCGCAGUUGUUGACUUUGAUGGACGGUAUGAAGAAGAGCUCUCAUGUUAUUGUCAUGGCUGCCACCAACAGACCCAACUCAAUUGAUCCUGCUCUGCGUCGUUUUGGUCGUUUCGAUCGUGAAAUCGAUAUCGGCAUUCCGGAUGCUACUGGCCGUUUGGAAGUGUUAAGAAUUCACACGAAAAACAUGAAACUGGCCGAUGAUGUGGAUCUGGAACAAAUUGCUGCCGAAUCGCAUGGUCAUGUGGGCGCUGAUUUGGCUUCGUUGUGCUCGGAAGCCGCUUUGCAACAGAUUCGUGAGAAGAUGGAUCUCAUCGAUUUGGAAGAUGAUCAGAUCGAUGCUGAUGUACUGAACUCGUUGGCAGUUUCUAUGGAAAACUUCCGUUACGCAAUGACCAAAUCGAGCCCUUCGGCUCUGCGUGAAACUGUUGUGGAGGUUCCAAACACUACUUGGACCGAUAUCGGCGGUCUGGAAAAUGUUAAACGUGAAUUACAAGAACUGGUACAGUAUCCAGUGGAGCAUCCGGAUAAAUUCUUGAAGUUUGGUAUGCAACCAUCCCGUGGUGUUCUGUUUUAUGGACCCCCUGGUUGUGGUAAGACCUUGUUGGCCAAGGCUAUUGCCAAUGAGUGUCAGGCCAACUUCAUUUCCGUCAAGGGUCCUGAACUGUUGACCAUGUGGUUCGGUGAAUCUGAAGCCAAUGUACGUGACAUUUUCGAUAAGGCACGUUCGGCCUCUCCUUGCGUGUUGUUCUUCGAUGAAUUGGACAGUAUUGCUAAGUCACGAGGUGGAAAUGUCGGUGAUGCUGGAGGCGCUGCUGAUCGUGUCAUCAACCAGAUCCUGACCGAAAUGGACGGUAUGGGCGCAAAGAAAAAUGUCUUCAUUAUUGGCGCUACCAAUCGACCGGACAUCAUUGAUCCAGCUAUUCUUCGUCCGGGCCGUCUGGAUCAGCUUAUCUACAUUCCGCUGCCAGACGAUAAGUCUCGUGAAGCUAUUUUGAAGGCUAAUCUGCGCAAGAGCCCGGUGGCUGCUGAUGUUGAUCUGACUUAUGUCGCUAAAGUUACCCAAGGAUUUUCAGGAGCUGAUUUGACUGAAAUUUGCCAGCGUGCCUGUAAACUGGCUAUCCGUCAGGCGAUCGAAGCAGAAAUUCGCCGUGAACGUGACCGUGCGGAGAACCAAAGCUCGGCAAUGGAUAUGGACGAAGAAGAUCCAGUUCCGGAAAUCACCCGAGCUCAUUUCGAAGAAGCUAUGAAGUUUGCGCGACGUUCCGUUUCGGAUAACGAUAUCCGCAAAUACGAAAUGUUUGCCCAGACGUUACAGCAGUCGCGAGGUUUCGGAAACAACUUCAGAUUCCCAGGUGGACAAGGCGGCAACAGCUCACAGGGUCAGGGUUCCAGUCAACCGACGAAUAACCCCGGCGACAACGGCGAUGAUGAUCUUUAUAGUUAGAUUACUGUGCGACUCCUAUUGGCAGUUGCAGCAGUCAACAUUAAUCAAUCCGUAAUUAUCAAGCGAGCGAAUGUCCAUCCGUAACGCGCUCCCAUUCCCCAUGAUUUUCUAUACGCUAACAUUCAGGAGCGACAGGUAACAACAACCACAUUAUUUCAUUCGAUCGUUUACUUUUCACUGAUAUUUUGAUUGUCGGUCCCACAAAUGGUGGAUCCAAGGCUGUAAAAUCAUGACUGCGAUAAACGGACAUUCAAACUUGGAGCAGACAUUGAUACUAUUACGUUACGUAACUAAACAACCACACAUUAGCAAACAACUUCAUAAAAACAUUUGUAGUAAGAAAUAUUUAUCAGUUUUUAAAUAGCAAUCUUAAACUAACAGCUCCGAUGAACACAAUAGAAUCAAAUAAAAAGCAACUAUAAGAGAUUUCUAUUUCGUUUUUCAACAAUCGCCUUUAAAAUUUGAGAAAAGUUAUACCUUUGUCUUGGAAUGAAAUUGUUUUUAAAUGGUUCCUUGAGUUUCAGAAGUCUCUAGUUUUUAACUGGUCGUCUCGUUGUCGUGAAUGGAAAGGAAAAUUACGACUGAAAAGUAGCACGCGUUGAAUGUUUCCCUCUGUAGUUGGGGUUAGAGGUUCUACGGUAUCUGUCAGUGGAAUGGUUGCGCUUCUUCGGAAGAUUAAAUAAUAAUAUUUUUCAAUUUAAACAUAAAUUUAUAACAUGUGAAAUUAAGAAAUGGUAAUGAACACUCUAGAAGUUUGGUACUGUAAGGAUUAAAGCAGGAAAAAGAUAAUAAAAAUGCAAAAAAAUAUCGAG